AUGCUACGAUUAUUUUUGUUGCUAAUUCUUUGCGUCAUCACUUCCGGCCAAUUAUGGGGCGGUUACUACAAUAGCUAUGGGAGUUGGCCAUCUGGGGCUUACGGUUAUCCUGGCUCCUAUGGAAUGUACGGCAAUAGCCUCUACGGAGGAACUGGAAUGUACGGCGGUGGACUUGGCGGAAUGUAUGGUGGCGGCUUCGGUGGACUUGGCGGGCUUGGCGGAAUGGACUUUGAUUUAUGUACCCCCGCCAUGUGCGAGAACUUUGACAAUGGA